GCGAGGUGAGGUAGGAUAGGCCCAGCCAUAGCAUACAGAGUGGGUCUGGGCCUCGGGAAGGCUCUUUAGUCUUUAUUUUUAAAAGCAGUGGGAAUUCAAAGAAGAGUUUUAAAUAAGAGAGUGUGUCAGGGGUCCCCAAGAUCACCCCAGGUUCAGUGAUUCGCUACGAGGGUUCAUAGGACUCAGCACACAGUUUGACGCAUGGCUAAGGUUUUUACAGCAAAAAGAUACAAAGAAAAUUCAGCAAGAGGAAAAGGCGCAUGAGGGGAGGCCCAGGGGAAACCAGCCCAGGCUUCCAGAUUCCUCUCCCAGCGGAGGCCCCAGGAUGCGCGGAAGUCCUCAGCGAGGAGCUGACUGCAUGUGCGAACCGUCUGUUGGGAAAGCUCGUUAGCAGCUCCAGGGGCCUUGUGGGGGCUGGUCACGUGGGCACCAUCUGCCAGGCACUUAGGAAAAUUCCAGACUCCCUGAAGGAAAGCAGGAGUUCAGUAGAACCACGUUGUUGACAUGAGCUGUCCAGGCACAGCGAGUUCUUACCAGGGAGUGGUGGGACCUCCUGAGACCCAGGUGUCCAGAUGCCAGCGAGGGCCAGGCAGGCCUUUCUGGGGCCGCUGCCUCAGGUCUUUUCUGCUCAGGGAGUGACGUGGGUGUGUGUCGAGCAGCGCAGGCGGUGGGCUGCUGAUGGAGAGGCUGGAGGCCGGCGAGCAGGAGGAGCUGGCGCAUCCUCCCGUGAGUGGGCCUGGAGGCGAGGCCAGCGCGAGGCAGAGGACGGCAGAGGCAAAUGGGGGACUCAGCUUGUAGAGAGGCUCGAUGCAUGGGCCUUAGUGAUAGGGACCACGGGGGAGAGAAAGUGGGCCUGGGGACAGCUUCUCUGACCCGGCCUGGGUAUGUCUUAAGACCCCUGGACCGGAAGAUAAGACCCAGGUGCCAGUCCAGGGACUGGUGGCAGCUGCCCUGUUGCGGGGCCCCGCUCCCCACGUGUUGAGGGAGGUGAGGUUGCAUCGCAGAACCUGGAUUCCACCUCUUAGAAAGUCAUCAUUCUUUUUGCUUUAAAAAAUCAGCUUUUCUGCCAUAUUGUCGCCUCGUUGACAGAGCAUCUUGGAAAGAACAGAGCUGGUAGACUCGAGUUCCUACGCUGGCUUUACCACUUACUUCUGUUUCUCUGUUUUUCACUGCUUGCUCCGUCGUUUUGGCUUUCUUAGCCGGGAUCCCGGUGAUGCAUGCAUUGGUUCCUUCUCCCUCCUUGCCCCCGAGUGCUUCAUUCUCCACUCAGUCCUCUGCGGGCCAGAGCUCCCUCCAAAAAUACUCUUUCUUAUGGUUAAACCUAAUACGAUAAAAAUUAAAUGGUUCUCUUCGCCCUCCAACCCAGUCCCACCUCCUUCCCAGAGGUAACCUUUCCAUUUGGGUUGUUUAUCCGUUUUAACAAAAAUGGAAUUCUGUGGUACAUUCUGGUCCAUAACAUGCUGCUUUUCACUUAGAUUUUGCAGAGAUGGAGGACUCCUUUCCAUGUCAGCGCCUCCAGGUGCACGGGCUGCCGCAGCCGAGCAGCCGGGAGCAUCCGUGCUGUGGGUCCACCACGGUGCAGUUAGUGACGGGCUCUGAGGUCACUCCCGGGUCUGGCUGCUGUGGCAGGACUGCAGCGAGCGUCCGUGUGCUCAGACAGUCACCCGCAGGCCCAAGGUGGCUCCCGCCGAGAGGAUGAGCAAGUUCUUGAGACACUUCACCGUCGUUGGGGACGACUACCACACCUGGAACAUCAACUACAAGAAGUGGGAGAAUGAGGAAGAGGAGGAGGAGGAGGAGCAGGCACCCCCGGCCCCCGCCUCCGGCGAGGAGGGCAGAGCUGCCGAGCCGACCGCGGCCCGGGUCCCCGCGCCCAGGCCGCCCCUGGACUUUAGAACCAUGUUGAGGAAGCUCUUCAGCUGCCACAGGUUCCAGGUCAUCAUCAUUUGCCUGGUCAUUCUGGACGCUCUCCUGGUGCUCGCCGAGCUCAUUCUGGACCUGAAGAUCAUCGAGGCCGACAAGAAUAACUAUGUCCCGAGGGUGUUCCACUACAUGAGCCUUGCUAUCCUGACCUUUUUUAUGACGGAAGUUUCCUUAAAGAUAUUUGUCUUCCGCUUGGAGUUCUUUCAUCACAAGUUUGAAAUCCUGGACGCCGUUGUCGUGGUGGUUUCCUUCGUCCUCGACAUGGUCCUCAUCUUCCGGGAGCACGAGUUUGAGGCUCUUGGCCUGCUGAUUCUGCUCCGGCUGUGGCGGGUGGCCCGGAUCAUCAACGGGAUCAUUAUCUCGGUUAAGACACGUUCAGAACGGCAGCUGUUAAGGCUGAAACAGAUGAAUAUACAAUUGGCCGCCAAGGUCCAACACCUGGAGUUCAGCUGCUCUGAGAAGGAACAAGAAAUUGAAAGACUGAACAAGCUCCUGCAACAGCACGGACUUCUUGGUGAUGUGAUCUAGACGGGGACGGGCCUGUGCCUGUGAUGAGAAGGACACCAGCCGCUCCUGGGCUGCCUCGGGGAGAGGCUUGUUCGACGCCUUUGCCUCACUCCCGCCCGGCUUGGAUUCCGGGGUUCCCGGUUUUCUGGAACGCUCUGUUCCUCCCUUGGUACGACCUUGAGCUCCCCCUCCCAUUCCUGCCCCACACCGUGCCCAAAAUGUACCAAACUGUCUUUCCUCAUGCUGGACACUUUACUCUUGCCUGAAAAUGAACAGAGCUGGACACUUACUAGUUGUAUAUAAAAUUUAAUCUCAGCGAAUGUAUAGUUCUCACGUUUGGCGUGUACAUUGAGGAACCAGUGCAUCUUUCACGUGAGCACACUAAAAGACAAAACAGGAAGCUACCUUAGCCACCAGCCCAUUCUAGAAAACUCUUGCGUUUCCAAGCUGUUCUAAACAGCUCCUCUUAUCACAUUUUCCCCCAGGGAGUUGUUCUUGGGUACCCAGCCCCUCCUCUGCAUCAAGCUUCUAGCUGGCUCCACCUCGUUCUGCCAAAUGGCAACAUUUUUCUCAAUUACUGUACAAUUAAUGUAUAAAAUAAACUCUCUCCUUCCUUUGGG